AUGGCAUUUCAUCAACCGACUCGACAGUCGGUUCAACGCGUAGUACGGCCUCCUGCCGACGAACAGGAACUCCCAAGAAGGGAAGCGCCUAUCACUCAAGAGCGUCAACCAGAAGAAUCGCAGGCAUGGGUGCUGUUCGCGCCAACUGAUGUGACGACAACAUCAUAUCUUACCGAAACAGACCAUUCAUUACAAACCCCUGGAAGGUCAAGGGUGGGCGAUUUAGGAAGUUUGAAACCGGCUGCGAAAUCGGAGGAUGCAUCACGGCAAUCCGCCCCAGCAUCUACUCUCGAUGAUGAGGACGAUGCUGAGUUGGACAGUCUUGACGGCCAUUUACCUGGCUUCCAGUCUAUACCCGGAGUGAAUUAUCAACCACAACAUGAGGAUAACCAAGCAUCUGGACCCGUAUUUCCUGCCCAUGAUGGGCUGGGAUCUUUUCAUCUUGACCAACCGACGUUGGGCGCCGCGGCCCAAGACCAUAUUUACCAAUUUGAGCGUUUCAACCCCAGAAGGCAGUUUCAACGAAAAGAAAGCUUUGACUUGAGGCAACUUGAUGUGGAGCAUGAUCAAGUGCACGAUACAGAGAAGCGCCAACGGAUCGAAGAGUGGCGCUUGGAACAUAGUCGAGUGUUACUUGGCGAGAUUCAGCGCGAGACAAGGCGGCGGCGGUUUUCACAAGCAUCGAUUCCCAAGCGCCCAUCAUCCAAUGUUCCUUCUGUACCAUCAGCUCUGGCAUAUGAUGGAGAAUCAGAUAACAUGACAUGGCACGAUGAGGACGCUGUGCAGACACCUGCUGAUUCAGAAGGCAUGUUCUCCAAGAUUACCAGGAAAUUUCUACGAGAUAUUGUUGGAAUGGACGAACACUCAAUCUCAGUCAUGUUGGGAGAAAUCGUGCCUGAAGAUAACGAAGAUUUAUCUUCAACACCACGCGCCUCUCAGCACCUGGCAUGGGACUCACAGCAAUUCACCAACAAGGAGGAGUGGCAAUUGAACAUGCUCGAGAAGAUGUCAAAAGAACUUGGUUCAAUUGUGGGCCAUAUCUCGCACCAUCCUGGCGCAUUUUCAACAUUUACCCGAGUUCAGCAGAUGCCACUUCCCUAUGCUGGUCUCCCAAUUAUCCCGGAAACCAACUCCUCUCAUUCCGCCACAGAAAACAUCCGCCCUACCGAGCCUGAACACUCAUCAUUCCCUCAAUUCAAACCAACCAUGCAGCCUUCAAAUCAUAUCGAUAUUCUUGGCAGAUUAGCUGAGCCAUCAACCGAGACGGAACAUACCUCACAACAAGAUACACCUAUGAGCAAUGCCUUUACGCAAGAUGAGUGGGAGAAAGACCUGGACAUGAAACUGGUAUUCCGCUAUUUACGUUCUCGGUUUAUGCCACGAACCAGCAAUCCGCCCCCUCCCACUCCAGCUCACCUGGCCACAUCGAGCAGUCAGGACAUAGCGGCCAAAUUGGCUCGCGUGCGACAACACCACCCGCUGGUCUCACGCAUGAGGCCUGCAGCCGAGCGUCGAACGUUCAAAGCUACGACGCCAGGCAGUCCAGUAGCGAUCCGGCAUCCCAGUAGUUGCGCGAGUCAGAGUACAAGACGAUCAGCUCGACGAAGUAGCGUCUCAUCACGGCAUUACUGGGACAUUGGUGGGUCUCUGGGCACAGGUUCUGUGAUUGCGUCCAACGGCCCGAUGGGCAGUUGGGGCGAAGUAUGA